AUGUUGACGGCUGCCAUAGUGACAAUAUCUAUUCUUUUUUGUAGUCUCAUUGCUGUGAUUGCAGUGAGGGCUCGUCGUGGAAAACAACAGUUCCCGUCCAACACUGUUGGUUUUUUACACCCAUCAGCCGCCGCAGGAGGAGGUGGAGAACGUGUGUUGUGGAUAGCCAUUGAUGCUCUUCAACAAGAUGAUACACAGAGAGGAAUUGAUCGUCGCUAUGUUCUCUACUGCACAAAUAUUGGAAGUAAAGGAAAUAGUAAUAGUAGUAUAGGUGCAAGUAAGGAAGAACAACUAGCUGAUAUAGUUUAUAGACAGUUUCAUAUUCGUUUACAAAAACCUUUGGAAGUUAUUUUCUUAAGACGAGAAGUAACAAGGUGGCUUGAUGGUACACAAUAUCCUUUUUUAACACUUAUUUUACAAACUGUAUGUGGAGGUAUUCUAUUAUUCUAUGAAACAUGUAUUGUAAAUAGUAUAACACCUAUUGUGAUUGAAAGUGUUGGUAUCCCUGGUAUUUAUCCAUUACUUUCUUUAUUUGCUAAUGUUCGCAUUAUCACCUAUACACAUUACCCUGUCAUCACAUCCAUAAUGACACAACGUGUGGAAAGUGGAGAAAAAAGAUUUAACAACCGAGGUAUACUCGCACGUUAUCAUAUACUUCGAAAGGCUAAAGUUUUAUACUAUAAAGCUUUCGCUCGUUUCUAUUGGUGGCUUGGACAGUUUCCUGUGCUUGUCUUAACGAAUUCACAUUGGACCAAGGGUCACAUUGAUCAAUUGUGGAAAUCAAAAGUUUCCGCACUUUUAUACCCAUCCUGUGCUGUUAGUCAUCUGGAGAAACUUCGAAAAUUACCAGAAGAACGAAAUAAUACAAUUGUUAGUGUUGGACAAUUUAGACCUGAAAAGAAUCAUCUUUUACAAUUACUCGCAUUUCACAGGGCAUUACCUCGUCUCCCAUCGGAUGCCCGACUCAUUAUGGUAGGAGGAGCCAGAAGUGCGGAGGAUCAAAAACGAGCAGAUGAUAUUGUUUUAGAAGCUGAAAAAAGAGGUAUUUCAGAUCGUGUAGAAGUACGAGUUGGAGCCCCUUUUGCUGAAGUGGGAGAAUUACUCUCAACUUGUUGUAUUGGGCUUCAUACAAUGGAAGAUGAACAUUUUGGAAUUGUUCUUGUGGAGUAUAUAGCGUCUGGAUGUAUUCCACUUGGUCAUAACAGUGGAGGUGUCUGUCUUGAUAUCAUCACAUCACCAGAUGUUGGUUUUCUCGCUAAAGAUGAGGCCGAAUAUGCCGAUCGAAUGGUGGAAAUAUUUAAAAUGAAAACAGAAAAUCCCCGAAUGUAUGAGACUUUUCAGGAGCGUGGAUUGAAUGUUAUUAAACGUUUUAGCGAUGAAUCUUUUCGAGAGAACUUCAUGGAAGCCAUUCGUCCUCAUCUCACAACAUGA